AUGCCAUAUUCAGAAGGAUUCCGCUACUGCCUUACGUGUAUCGAUAGAUUUACUCGAUGGCCGGAAGUGAUACCUUUGGAGAACCAAGAAGCAGAGACUGUCGCCCGAGCAUUUUAUACACAUUGGAUUUCAAGAUUUGGUACACCUCUUAUUAUAACGACUGAUCAAGGGAGACAAUUCGAAUCAAACCUUUUCAAGUAUCUAGGAUAUUUGACUGGUACAAAUCACCUUAGGACUACGGCCUACCACCCUUCAGCAAACGGUAUGGUAGAACGAAGCCAUCGACAGCUUAAGGCCGCUAUCAAAUGUCACCAGAACAAACGGUGGACUGAAAUACUCCCAACAGUCUUAUUAGGCAUACGAGCAGCUUGGCGCGAGGAUCUGAAGUCCACAUCCGCAGAACUUGUAUUCGGAGAACCACUUCGUCUACCUGGUGAAUUUCUCUCAACAAGAUCAGAUGACGCUAAGUUUGAGAACGCAGCGGAGUUCAUCAAGGAUCUUCGACACCAGAUUCGCCAGAUACAACCGGUAAAUGGAACCUGCCACGGAGAAAAGAAAAAUUUCAUAUUUAAGGACCUCGCCACCUCCAAACAAGUGUUUAUUCGUCAUGAUGGACCGAAAAACUGUCUACAAAUGCCGUACGACGGCCCAUACCCAGUUGUAAGUCGCAAUCGGAAAACCUUCUGCAUUGACGUGAAAGGGAAAAAGAUAACAGUGACUAUUGAUAGACUAAAACCAGCCUACAUAAUUGCUGAUGACAUACACGAGGAGGUUAGCUCCAGAAACAUGAAACAUGCCACACCCGAAUCUAUCGCAAAUAAGGAACCAAAAACAGAAGAACCGACACCAGAAACAAAAGACAGGAAAACGCGUUCCGGUAGAAGAGUCCAUUUCCCCGAACGUCUUCAAAUAAGUUCCUGCUGA